UGUCUCUUGUUUACGUUGCAAAAAAAAAAAAAAAAAAAAACGAUGCCUCCCAAAAAACAAGCAGCGGAUCCUCAGCCUAGUUCAAAAACUGCUCCUGCUGAAGAGACCGAUGAGAAGAAAACAUCUGCACGCUCCGUGGCGGUGCGAAAACCCGCAACCCAUCCGUCCACAGCCGUCAUGGUGAGAGAGGCGCUGAAAGCCCUGGACUCACGCAAAGGGGUUUCCUCCCAGGCCAUACAGAACUACAUCAAACAGAAGUACUCCACUGUGGAGCCGGUGAGGCUGAAGCACUUGGUCCGCAGAAUCUUGAAGAACGGAUUGUUGAACGGGACGCUGAUAAGGCCUGUCAACGCCACCGUCACCACAGGCGCGUUGGGGAAGUUCAGGCUUGCGCCAAAAAUUAAAGAGGUGAAGCUGAAAAGCGAGAACACUGAUCCAAAUGUGGAGAAGCCCAAAGCUGGAGCGAAGAAGACCCAGACGGAAGACUCCACCAAGAAGAAGCCAACAAAUAAAAAGGCAAAAUCUACAAAGAACCCAAAGCCUCCAAAAGCCACAAAGGAUGAGGCAGCUGCUCCUUCAAAGGUUCCUCCAGCAAAGAAGCCAAAAGCUAAAAAAGUGGAGGCGACGGGAAGCACUGCUGGAAGCUCUGAACCAACCAAAAAUAAGACUGCAAAGGCCAAAGUGGCAAAAACCGAGAAGAAAACCCAAAGCAAGGCUGUAAAGUCGGGCAGUGACGCCCCUGCAUCUAAAACUGCUGGCAAACGAGUGAAGAAGGCGGUGUAAAAUAAGGAAACUUUGUGUUUUAGAUAUUUGUUUACAAUAAAUGUGUACUUUUAAA